UUCCCAGAAGGCUCCUCUGUUCAGAAAUUACCUAAAGUAGAAGCAAACACAGAGAAAUUAGCCUCCCUUUCAACCGCCGUCAGCACCAAGCUCAAGCCAAAGAAAAACCCCUUCUAUUGCUCUCGAAGCUCACAGCCGAAACUCCCCAACAAAACAGACCCAAAAUCAACCAACCUCAGACCCUUCCUCUAAAUCAAACUUCAAAAACUCUCCAACCAACCCCCUCCUUCUGAUUUUUUUUCAUAUAUAUAUACCCAAAUAACAAAUAAAAUAAAUAAAAAGACUUGCUCCUGUCAAUCAGUAAUGAUGAAGAUUUCAACUGGCAUGUACUGUAGCGAGCAGGAGUGCAGGCGCGGUGCAGCAGCAGGAUCAGGCGUGCAAGCAACAGGGGCGUGAUUGCAGGAUCAGGCGCGUAGAGGGGAGAGUGCAGGCUCAGACGCGCAGAGGCCCGGGGUGUGACGCAGCGUGCAGGCUGGGGUGCAGCAGGGCAGCAGAGCCUGGGGGCGUUGGGCGCGGGCUGGUGCAAGGCUAGGCAGGGCUGGUUCAGGAGAGAGGAAAAAAAUGAAAAAAGAAUUGAUGGGGGAAAGGAGAAAGUUCCAGAUGCCUUCCUCUUUUUCUCUUUUUGUUGUUUUCUUUUUCUUUUUUUUUUCUUUUUUUUUUUUGGGUUUGGGUUAAACGGGUUUUGGUUCUUUGGGUUUUUGGGCUUUUGGGUCUGAGACUUUAAAUCAAAAUGGGUUGGUGUUGGGUUUGGUUUGAGUUUUGGAGUGGGCUUUGGGUUUGAUGGGUUUUGGGCUAGACUUUGCAUUUCACCCCUCCAACUUUUCAUUUCUUCAACUGGGUCCCUCAUCCUUCAACUUCUUUCCAAUCGUCCACAAAAAUCCCCAUUUUACUCAUGAACCUAACAAUAGAAGCAAAGAUAACAA